ACAAAAUUGUAAAAACAAAUAUCUAUAGCAAGAGGAGAAGGGGCGACGCGGUCUUGUGCACCACCACCAAAUCACUGCGCCGAUCCACUCUUCGCCAGUGGAAUUGUUAGCGUCCUUUUGGCAAAGAAUUGACUAAAUGGCUGCUGGAAGAGGCAUCAAUCAGUUUCUGCGAAAGAGAUUUCAGUUCCAAUCUUCAACUCCAUCUUUCUUUUCAACAUUAAAGCAGGAUGCUGCUGCUGGUUCAUCUAGCAUGAUGUCACUGAGGGCAUUAGCGCUAAUUGGAGCUAGUAUUUCUGGUAUUCUCAGCUUUGGUGCUAUUACAUCAGCAGAUGAAGCAGAACAUGGCUUGCCAGCGCCUAAGUAUCCGUGGCCUCACAAAGGCAUUCUUAGUUCUUAUGACCAUGCAUCGAUUCGCCGUGGUCAUCAAGUUUAUCAGCAAGUUUGUGCUUCUUGCCAUUCAAUGUCUCUUGUUUCGUAUCGAGAUCUUGUGGGCGUGGCCUACACAGAAGAAGAGACAAAGGCAAUGGCAGCUGAGAUUGAGGUGGUUGACGGUCCUAAUGAUGAAGGAGAAAUGUUUACUCGCCCUGGUAAAUUAAGUGACCGCUUCCCGCAGCCAUAUCCAAAUGAACAAGCAGCCAGAUUUGUAAAUGGAGGGGCAUAUCCUCCGGACCUUAGCCUGAUCACCAAGGCACGACACAAUGGCCAAAACUAUGUGUUUGCUCUUCUUACUGGUUACCGUGAUCCUCCAGCUGGUGUUGCGAUUCGAGAUGGGCUGCAUUAUAAUCCAUACUUCCCAGGUGGUGCAAUAGCUAUGCCCCAAAUGCUCAUCGAUGGUGCUGUAGAAUAUGAAGAUGGUACUCCUGCCACUGAAUCCCAGAUGGGAAAGGAUGUUGUUACCUUCUUAUCUUGGGCAGCAGAGCCAGAAAUGGAAGAGAGAAAGCUGAUGGGGUUCAAAUGGAUUUUCGUACUGUCACUUGCUCUUCUCCAAGCCGCCUAUUAUCGACGUUUGAAGUGGUCGGUCUUCAAGUCGCGAAAACUAGUGGUGGAUGCUGUCAACUAAUCUGCUUGUUUUAGUUGGAACAGCUUCCAUUUGAGGACCAAAUCGCAAUAAUGAGUGAUGCAAUGUUGUCAAACUACAUCACAACCUGUUUUCUACACUUUUUUUUUAAAUAAUAAUUUGGUGUUUUUUUAA